AUCAUCACCAGUCAUCGCGCUAUUGCACUGUCCUGAUUAACUCGAUCCGUAUGAACAAUCGUAUUCAGCCGAUCUCGGCGUCGAUGGAGGCCGCAAAGCCGAAAAAGGUAGUGGUUUGCGGCGGCGGAGUCAUCGGAGUCUGCACCGCCUAUUUCUUGUCCAAAAAGGGAGCCUCUGUGACCUUGGUGGAGAAAUCCUCCAUUGCCUGCGCAGCUUCCGGCAAGGCCGGUGGGUUUCUAGCACAAAAUUGGUGCGACGGUGGGCCCCUUUCUGCUCUGGCAAGAGUCAGCUUCGAUCUCCACCGCUCGCUCGCCGAAGAGCUCAAUGGUCCCCAAUCGUACGGCUACCGUCCGCUGACGGCUCUGAGCGUCACCGUCAAUGAAUCGUCGUCGAGAAGCCCUAGUCCAUCACUUCCCUCUUGGGUCGAUGGCCCAGCUAAAAGCCCAAAACCGAUCGGGACUAUUGAUACCACGGCCCAAGUCCAUCCUCAGAUGUUCACAAAAACAUUGUUGUCCAGAGCAGUGGAGCAUCACGGCGUUAAGGUGGUGAUCGAUAAACUGGAGAGAGUUGAGGCGGAGGGAGGCAGAGCUACGGCGGCGGUGUUGGAAGGAGGCAAGCGCAUAGAAGCGGAUGCUGUAGUUUUAGCACUUGGGCCCUGGACAAGCAAAUUGGGCCUUUUGAGUUCACUUUUCGGUGUAUAUGGGCUUAAGGCCCAUAGCAUUGUCUUGGAGCCUAACAAGCCUGAUGCAGUAACAGCUCAUGUAUUGUUUCUUAGUUACUUUCGGGCCCAAGGAGGUGAGCCAAUCGAUCCAGAAGUGUAUCCGGCCGACAGGAGAGGUGUACAUAUGUGGAAUGUCAGCAAAGGCUGAGGUCCCAGAUGACCCGGAAGAGAUAGAUCCUGACCCAGAAUCAAUAGGGACACUUAAGAGAGUGGCCCAAAAUGUGUCCAGCCAUUUGGCGGCAGACGCAGCGGUUGUAAGGGCAGAGCAAGCCUGCUUUCUACCUUGUACAGACGAUGAUGUUCCUGUUAUCGGGGAAGUCCCCGGCGUGGUCGGAUGCUAUGUUGCUACGGGUCAUAGCUGUUGGGGUAUCCUAAAUGGCCCCGCCACUGGUGCUUCUAUGGCAGAACUCGUUCUCAAAGGUCGGACGACCAUCGUUGAUCUUUCCCGGUUUUGUCCCUCUAGAUUUUCUCGUCCGACCUAAUAUGAUGAAUAGAAUGUAUGGACAUAUGUAUGUACGUGAUCUAUGGUGUGGUGCCUGAUCUAGAAAACACUCUGAAUAAAUAAAAGAUGGCACUGAUCAAGAAUUAGAGGUAAGCAUAGAGUGAUUAGAAGACUUAAAAGAAUAGGGGUUGGCAGUGGGCUGAAUGGAAAACGCAACAUCGUUU